UCCAUUCUUCUCCAUUUUCAAUUCUCGUUCCAAUGAAAAAUAGAAGUUUUAAAAAAAAAAAGGAGAACUUUCUUUCAAAGAUGAAGAAUCCUAUGUCCCCAACUCUUUUCUCUCUCGUUCAUGCCCUUCUCCUGAUCAUUUUCUCUCUGUUUAUCCAUUGCGCUAGCGUGCAAUCUGAUGCCACUUUGAUAGAGUACAUCUGCAAGAAGACACCAAACUACACUCUUUGCGUCUCUUUUCUAUACACGUACCCUGAAAGUGCCACAGCAGAUGUCAAAGGGCUUGCUGUUAUGAUGGUCAGAAUUGUUCAGGCUAAGGCAAUCAUGACUCUAAACAAAAUCAAAGAGCUCCUUGAAAGCAGCCCAGAACUAAUGCUACCCUUAUUUUAUUGUGCUAAGAAGUACAAUGCAAUUUUAAGGGCAGAUAUCCCAGAAGCAAUUGAAGCUUUGGACAAGGGCUUUUAUAAAUUUUCCAAAGCUGGUACAGAUGAUGCGGCCACUGAGGCCAAAUUAUGUGAGCAGAAUUUUCAUGGGAAAUCACCUCUGACUUACAUGAACAGUGUUGUGCAUGACACAUCUGCUGUUGCCUCUGCUAUUGUCCAGAUUUUGCUUUGAUGCAGAUAUCGCUUAUGAACAAAAAUGAUGUCAUAUAAUAAAUAAAGGGUUUUCUUUUUCUC